AUGGCGUCCUUCCUUUCUCGAACCCUAAGCAAAUCAAGAGUUUGAGUCUAAACCUUGUCUAAUCCUCUCUCGCAUAGUCAUUUGGAGACGAAGUGCUGAUCGGCCGCAGCUGCAUUCUCUUCGUAAAACAUGACGGCUGUCGGCAAAACCUCUUUCCUCUUGGGAGCUCUCCUCCUCUUCUCUGUGGCGGUGACAUUGGCAGAUGCAAAAGUUUACUACCAUGAUUUUGUCGUUCAAGCGACCAAGGUGAAGAGGCUGUGCACGACCCACAACACCAUCACGGUGAACGGGCAAUUCCCGGGUCCGACUUUGGAAGUUAACGACGGCGACACCCUCGUUGUCAAUGUCGUCAACAAAGCUCGCUACAACGUCACCAUUCACUGGCACGGCGUCCGGCAGGUGAGAUCUGGUUGGGCCGAUGGGCCGGAAUUUGUGACUCAAUGCCCGAUUAGACCCGGCGGAAGUUACACGUACCGUUUCACCAUCCAAGGACAGGUAGGAACGCUGUGGUGGCAUGCACAUAGCUCUUGGCUAAGAGCGACUGUGUAUGGUGCUCUUGUCAUUCUUCCAAAGGAAGGCACCUCGUAUCCGUUUCCCAAGCCGAAGCGUGAAACUCCCAUCCUUCUCGGGGAGUGGUGGGACGCCAACCCUAUUGACGUCGUGAGAGAAGCGACCAGAACCGGCGGGGCACCGAACGUGUCCGACGCUUAUACCAUCAACGGUCAACCUGGAGAUCUCUACAACUGCUCAAGCAAAGACACCGUCAUAGUUCCGAUCGAUUCCGGGGAGACCCACCUCCUUCGAGUCAUCAACGCUGCGCUCAAUCAGGAACUCUUCUUCACCGUAGCGAACCAUAGGUUCACUGUGGUCGGUGCCGACGCCUCCUACCUGAAACCCUUCACCACCUCGGUGAUCAUGCUUGGGCCAGGCCAAACGACGGAUGUAUUGAUCUCUGGAGACCAGCCCCCGGCUCGGUACUACAUGGCGGCCGAACCCUACCAGAGUGCUCAGGGAGCGCCUUUUGACAACACCACGACCACGGCCAUACUGGAGUACAAGUCCGCCCCGUGCCCCGCCAAGGGCAUAUCGAGCAAGCCAGUCAUGCCAACCCUACCGGCUUUCAACGACACGGCUACCGUCACAGCCUUCAUUCAGAGCUUCAGGAGCCCAAAUAAGGUUGACGUCCCGACCGACAUCGACGAAAACCUCUUUAUCACGGUCGGCCUAGGACUCUUCAACUGCCCAAAGAAUUUUGGUAGCAGUAGGUGCCAGGGGCCGAAUGGGACCCGUUUCACGGCCAGCAUGAACAACGUGUCCUUCGUGCUGCCGUCUAAUGUCUCGAUCCUGCAAGCCUACAAGCAGGGCGUGCCUGGAGUUUUUACCACCGAUUUCCCUGCUAACCCCCCUGUCCAGUUCGAUUACACGGGGAACGUGAGCCGCUCGCUGUGGCAGCCCGUUCCGGGGACCAAGGUGUACAAGUUGAAGUACGGGUCUAGAGUACAGAUUGUCUUGCAAGGAACCAACAUACAAACGGCCGAGAACCACCCGAUCCACAUUCACGGGUACGAUUUCUACAUCCUCGCCACAGGCUUCGGGAACUUCAACCCCCAGAAAGAUACAGCGAAGUUCAACCUUGUCGACCCGCCAAUGAGGAACACAGUUGGCGUCUCUGUGAACGGGUGGGCUGUCAUUAGAUUUGUCGCCGACAAUCCAGGUGCUUGGUUGAUGCACUGUCACUUGGAUGUUCACAUCACCUGGGGAUUGGCCGUGGUUUUCCUUGUCGAGAAUGGAGUUGGCGAAUUGCAAUCUCUACAGCCUCCUCCUGCAGAUUUGCCUCCGUGUUAAAAGAUCUGCGGCUGACAGAUAGUCCUCCACGAGAAAUUCAUAACGCCCACAACACGGGCCUAUUCUAAUUUUCUUCUUCUUCUUUCCCCUUUUCGUUUUCGUUUCGCGGAGUUUCAGUUCAGUGAUUGUUUCCCCUGAAUUCAGGGAGCCACCAGUUGUUUGCUUGUCUCAUACUUUUUUUUUAUAGAUAAAAUUGUCUUGCAUACGUGAACUCCGGUUACCAUCAGAUACAGUUUCAAGGUUAAACUCGUAAAUAAUUCAUCAA